UCAUAACAUGUCUGUUAAAGUACUAGUAGAAUGUGAGAAGCUCAUUGAAAUCGAGCAUUUGUACCAAUUUGAUUAAAAUGUUAACACUAUUCUUACGAUUUAUGAAUAAAAAAGACCUGAUUAUUUAAAAAUCAAGGUAUGUAAUUUUACCGCUGAAUCACAAAUCUAUAAAAUUAAAAUGGACUCGUUAAUGCUGAAAGUCUUCCUGCUUCUGUUGCCGUUUAUUAAAGCAGCAACUGUUACUGAUGCCCUCCUUUGUUACAAAUGUACAUACAUCAAUUUCUACACUGAUGAGAACGCACUCAAGGAGAUAUCCAACCAACUCUUGGCAAGAAGUCAACAAGCGUGCCAGUUUAAUAAUGAAUAUGACGACAAACAUGCAGUGGAGAAGGAGGGUUGUAGCUAUGCACCAUCCGGUUAUGUCAAUAAAUGUCUAAAACUAGAAUCUAAAGUUACGGCAUCAUUCUUAGGCAAUGAUUAUUCAUUUGACAUAAUAAAGAGAGGAUGUGUCCAAGUCACUGAUGAAGGGCGGUGGAAAGGGAAUGGAUGUAAGACCGACCCGGGAGAAGAUUUCAUAAAACAAAUCACAGAUGAUGUUGAAAAUCUACAUGUAAAAGAUGUUAGACACAAUUUUAUGUUUAACAAUGAUGUCACAGAUGUAAGACACAAUUUUAUGUUUAACAAUGAUGUCAUAGAUGUAGCUAGCGAUGAGGCACUUGAUGCCUCACCAAACUAA